AUGCCACUGUUGGACUUGCUAUGUCGCUCAACUUGCAAUGUUGUCAAACUCGUGGCAUCGUUGAACUCGCGAUGCCGUUCAAAUUGCAACGUUGUUGCCAUGGAAUCGAGUCACGACAUUAGUCUUACAAAACCUCAUGGUUGCUUGAGACCACAUCGCUGCAAGACUGAUGGAGAUGUUGAUAAGCUUGCACCAACUUCACAACAUCAUGGAGAUCGGUGCGUUAUUGGCUUUGCACAGUGUCAUUUAACUUGCAAGAUUCACAAUGCCGACAUGAUUGACCUCGCGACAUUGUUGCACUUGCAAGGUCUUUGGAAUUGCAACGUUGUUGAGCUCGAGGCGCCAUCGACCACCGGGAUGUUGUUUAGCUCGCAGCGUCGUCAACCUCCUGAUGCCGUUGUUGAACUCGCAACGCCGUUAAACUUGUGGUAUCCCUACUUAUCGCGAUACUGUUUAUCUCGCGGUGUCGUUGACCUCACGACGCCAUUGAGAUUGUUUAUCUCAUCAUUUAGCUGCACGACGUUGUCAAACUCGCAACGCCGAACUUGA